AUGGUCUCCGCUAUCUUGGAACAGCGAGAGAGUGAGCACACAGGAUGUAAUCUUGGAUACCUUGAAAGCGAUAACUCGGGGAGAUUUAGGUCAUACGCUAAGAACAGGGAAGACAUCGAGAGGAUUGAGGAGAGGAGGGAGAUGAAUCCGGAUAUGGAUGCCAUCUACCUGCUGUCUCCACAGCCACAUAUCGUCGACUGCCUCCUCGCCGAUUUCGAGCGCCGAAGAUACAGGAAGUCAUUUCUAGUAUGGACCGCCCUUCUGGACCCUCAGAUGCGCCGUCGACUGGACGUAUCGAAGCAAGUGCAAGAACAAAUGGCAGGAUUUGAGACGCUAUCCAUCGAUUUCUUCCCCCGCGAAUCGCAUCUGAUAACAUUCCGUGAUCCCUGGAGUUUCCCGAUAUUAUACCACCCUGCAUGCAAUAGUCUUGUACUCAGUCAUAUGCAAUUGCUCUCGCAGAAGGAGGAGCUCGAUGCAUAUGCCAAAUUCAAUCAGAACUGGCCUCCCCCUUCGACACGGCCGCAAGGCGUGCUUGUCAUUACCGACCGAUCAAUGGACAUCAUGGCCCCCCUGAUUCACGAAUUCACAUAUCAAGCCAUGGCUCACGAUUUGCUGCCUAUAAAAGACGGAGAAAAAACCUUUUACAGGACAGUCGUUAAUGAGGGAACAGGACAAGCAGAGGAGAAGGAUAUGGAGAUUGGAGAGAAAGACAAAAUCUGGGUCAACAACAGGCACAUGCACAUGAAAGAUACGAUUGAGAAAUUGAUGGGCGAUUUCCAAAAGUUUAUUGACGAUAAUCCUAAUUUCACCAAUUCGGAGGAUGCGACCAGUUUAAAUGCGAUCAAGGAUAUGCUAGCAGGGCUGCCUCAGUUCCAAGAGAUGAAGGAAGCUUACUCGCUGCAUUUAAGCAUGGCUCAAGAGUGCAUGAACAUCUUUCAACAACGAAAACUUCCAGAUAUCGCUUCGGUGGAGCAAACACUUGCGACGGGGCUGGAUGAGGACUUCCGGAAACCGAAGAAUCUAUUGGACCAGGUUGUACGGCUACUAGAUGAUGAGAGUAUUGGACCCGCAGACCGGUUGCGCCUCAUUAUGCUCUACAUAAUUUUCCGAGAUGGCAUGAUCCAAAAUGACAUCCAGCGACUCCUCGCGCAUGCAGGACUUCCACCCCAAGAUGCCGAAGUUAUCACCAAUCUGGACCUGAUUGGUGCGCAUACUAUCAAAACGAAUCUGAAAGAUGUGAAGCCUCCGCCUCAACCACUCUUCCCCACAAAGGCUGCUUCUUUGGCACAAAACGAAGAAUACGCUCUCUCGAGAUUCGAGCCCAUGGUAAAGUUGAUGCUUGAGGGCAUCUCGAAGGGAAAUUUGGACCAAAUGACAUUUCCUUACAUCAGACCACCGAUCGACAACUCAGACGAGCUGGCAGCUCAACAGCAGACGUCGCUCAGAAGUGCGAAACCCACCUGGGCACGGAAUCGUACGUCCAAUGUAGAGAGUCGGCAAAGGAUAAUUGUUUUCAUCGCUGGUGGCGCAACAUACUCGGAAUCUCGAGCCUGCUACGAAGUCUCGAAAGCAACAGGCAAAGAUAUCUUCCUUGCAACAAGUCACAUGGUCACUCCAGCACUUUACGUCCGACAAGUUGGCGACUUGACCGCAGACCGGAGAGUAUUAGAUCUACCUAUUGACAGACCGAAGCCAAAAGCGCCCGAUCAUCUGUUUGCACGCAAUGAUCCUCGGCCAGCGGCUCCUCCUGCUGGGCCUGGUAUUAGGCCUGGAAUGAGGGGCCUUCCGGGUGGUCCUGGUGGACCUGCACAAAUAAGGAGUCCAGGCCCUCCACCUCCCCCCCAGAAGAGUCCAUCGUAUAAUACUAGACCCAACCCAUAUGAUAGACCCGCACCACAGCCUCCUACAGCCGCAUUAGCUAAUAUGAGCAUGAACAAUUCCUCUCCUGGUGGAUCAAUACCUUUGAAUGGUGCUAAUGGAGCUCAAUCGACACCGAGCCACGGGAAGCUAGAUAAGAAGAGCAAAAACAAGGGCAAUGGAGAGGGCGGGGAGAAGGAGAAGAAGAAGCGGGGCUUCUUUGGGCAGAAGAAAUGA